AUGACUGACGUACUUCGAUCUUCAACUGUGCGAUGUCCGCCCCUUCGGCAGGCCCAAGGGACGGUACUUAAUACUAUACUGGAGGAUACGCGCGAAUCUCAUUUCGCUCAGAGCAACAAAGUCUCACCUCCAUCAAGACAGAAUCCAGCGACAUUCGGCCCUCAUCUGACACUCAAGACAAGCGGCCUAACAGCACCUGCACAAGCUCGCCUGGCCCGGUUAUUGUCCCCUCUUUCCGCUGCGACUGCUUCAUCAUGUUGCUCAGACGCAGAAUGGGAAUCACAAAUACAAGAAUCGCAGGGAUACGAUGACUUGUACGAUGCCACUGACGACGAUAGCAUUGAUGACAACGAGACCGACAUAAGCGAUUCGUGCUUUUCCCCCGAUACGCGGCCAUCGAGCUUGGUUACACCAAUUACCAGGAACUCAGUGACGUCGACCGGAAGCCGGAAGCACUAUCUGACAUUGGAGAUCCCCUCACCGACAAAUUCUCUCUCCAUGACAGGGGCUCACAAAAGCUCGCCAGUUCCGCCGACACCUCCGCCUAAGAUCCCGAUCUCGCCAGCAGCUCUGUCAAUGCUAAGCCGCGCCGUACCUGCGUCAUAUGCUCCACCUUCACUCGAUGGUAGCCUUUCGUCAGACCAAGAAUCAAUCAUCAGCGGGUUGGCUACACCAGACUCUCACUCUCUCCCAGAUACCAACUGGGACGCACAUGACAUUCGUGUGCGAGGAAACCUUGAUGGAAGUGAAAGCGAUCUCGAGCAUGAUGACGCAAGAUCGGAUAUUCAAGAGAUUCCCAUCGCCAUUGAGAGCAGGGAGGAGGAUUGGCGUCAUGUUCUGGGGAGCUUUCCUUUGACACCCCGUGCCGCUCAAGCCUACUCUCCCACGGCUUCAUUGCAUCUCAGUGAAGAGCCAACUGAAGAGUACGAUGACUUGUACGACGCUCCAGAGCAUUUCGACCGAGGCGUUCACUUGCCAGAUUCGGCUCUCGCAAUGUUGCAUCAUAUUCAUCUGGAUGGAACUCCUGACUCGGCGUCUGAGACAUCAGAGGAUCAUGGAGAGAUGUGCCAGCUUGAGAUCCCACCGAGCCGCCCUAAGAGCGCUGACGGGCUCACGCCCGCAUCGGCAUUGUCUGCAUACAGCUUCAGUGACCUCAGCAUUCCAUCUCCCGGUGGGUUCUUUGCCUCACUUGCGCCCCGCUCCCGCCACACUUGGUCAAUCCCCGAAGCAAAAACUCGACCUUCCUCCGCUGCUGCAGAGGGCUUUUACAGCCUGCCAUGGCGCCGGGAUGAGGGGCAAAUAGUUGAACAAGUGGUGGAAUGGCCUCAGCGCCCAGUCGACGACGAUCCUAUUACAGCUGUUCGUGAUGAAGAUGGUCCUAAGACGGCUAUUCGCCUGUGUGAGACACCGACACGUCGGUCCAUCUAUCGGGAGAGCCCAAUGAGUGCUUCAUUCGACCAUGUCCAAGUCCAGGAGAUUCCUCGCUCAGUGAAGGGGUAUGAGUACGACGAGUGCUAUGAUCAGGAGCUACAGUACCGGGCGACCGCAAGUCACGACCGCACCAGUAUCUGGCUCUCUGCCCAGGCAACUUACCUCUCGGCGCUAAGUGAGAGCAACCCGAUCAACGAAAUAGAGCCCGUUGAGUCAUUUGAGACCGACAUGACAGAGACAGAGGUCCAAGAUGCCACAGAAGAGGCUUCCCAGAAGGUAGUCCGAUUCGCAGAUGGUAUCCCAGCGGCGCUCAGUCCUCUGCCUCCCGUUCUUGCUAGCAAGGAUUCAAUCUACUGGCAGGGGUUCCAGUCUCUCCGUGAGCGUUCAAGCAAGACUGACGGAUUCAUGCAUCGCAAUGUGCGAUUUGACGCUGUCCAGUCUAUGCGACUUGCCAUGAGCGACACUCAUAUCAACUGCCUGAUUGGGAAGUACGAGCUCGUUCGCCCAGAGCGCCCUGCAUACAAGGGCCCUUUCGCUAAAGCCCCUCGAAACUCCGUGAUCACAUCGGAGUUGGCUGAAAAGGCCCAAUUCGACAAGCUGGAAAAGGAGCAAUUGGUUGUGGCUCAACUGUGCCAACCCAUGUGGGCCAUGGAUGCCCUUCGUUUCCUCAACGGUGGUAAUCUCAUUACCAGCCCUGCCCAACGAAUCCUGGCACGGUCAACCCGCAAGCCUAGUUUGACUCAGGGCCCCAAUAAGCGCAGCUUCCGGGUCUUGGAUCUUGGUGGUAACACCUCGUGUGACUGGGCAUGGCAAGUGGCUCACGAGUUCCCGAAUGCCAAGGUCUACACCGUUGCUUCUAAAGGCCAAGUCAUCAACAGUGCUAUCAAGGGCCCCUCGAACCAUCGUCAAGUCACAGUGGACGCCAUGUGGGAACUUCCAUUUGGCAACAAUCAAUUUGAUGUCAUUUCGGCUCGGUCGUUGCACGCUCUACUCAAGACUGAACGUCCUGCAGGCAAGGACCGUGAUGAGUAUGAUCUCGUGCUGAAAGAAUGCAUGCGGUGUCUCAAGCCCGGUGGUUAUCUUGAGUUCCAAGUCCUGGAUGCCGAGAUCUCCCGCGCAGGGCCAUAUGCCUCCGCGACUUCCGUCGAGUUCGCUUUCAGUCUGCGUACUCGUGGCUAUGAUCCUGUUGCUUCCAAGAGCUUCCUUAACCGUCUUAGCAAAGCUGGAUUUGCUGAGACAAAGCGUGGCUGGAUGUUCCUCCCCAUGGGCACUGAGUCCAUUGAGAGUGAGCCGCCACGCGAGACCCCAGCUCCGCGCGUGCAGAGCCACAUCGAGGAUCUCGAGGCUGUUCAAGGACCUGUUGGUAGCACGGCGGAUAUUGCCAGCAUGACUGGUCUAAUUGGUGGGUGGAUGUGGGAGCAGUGGCUGCUGAAGUUGAGAAUGGAGAUGGGGCGAGAGAGGUCCAUGUUACUUGAAGGGGCUGGUGCGUUGUUUGAUGAGGGGAGAAAGAGUGGUGCGGGCUGGACCUGCUUGUCUGGAUGGGCCAUGAAGCCGAAGCGUAAGAGUUCUCGCUCUUCUAAGCCUUCUUUCUGA